AUGUGGGACCAAGCGGCACCUCGAGCCGAAGCCAAGCGUGCAGAUCGCCUCCGGGGUCGUAAAGUUGUUGUUUUGCUCGAAGAUGCAGUACUGGAGCUUGCUAAGGGACGCCAAGGCGGACUUCAACUCCUUGAGGGCCUCCAACACCGCAAGCUGCUGCAGCAAGAAAACAGAGACAGCACAGAUGUGCGCCCUGAUAUAGUUCACCACUGCCUGUUGGCCUUGCAAGAGUCGCCUCUAAACAAAGCCGGUCGUUUGUGCGUGUUCAUCAGAACUCGCGAUAGGCAACUGAUUGAAGUUCAUCCACAACUCCGAGUCCCGUCGACUUACGAAGAAUUCAGAAAGCUCAUGGUAAAUCUUAUGCACACGCGUCGGAUUCGCGCAGUGGAGAAGAAUGUGACCCUUCUGCAAGUAACGAAGAAUGAUCCGAACCUCUUUCUCCCUAUUGGCUCCCGGAAGAUCGCAUUUUCUUCUAAAGGUCGCCAUGUAGACCUCGAAAACUUCGUGCAGCAAUUUCAGCACACGGAGAACCCCGUGCUGUUCCUUGUUGGCGCGGUGGCCCAUGCCAACCCUACCGCUAAUAAUGAACUCGCCGAAGAAUGCAUUUCCAUCUCCCCGUGCGGACUAAGUGCUGCGGUUUGCUGCAGCAGCCUCUGUACGGAGUUCGAGAAUUUGUGGAAUAUCUAUUAA